CAAUAGGGGAAAACAAAAUCCUGUUCGUGCCGUUAAGUUCGACCUUCCUCGACACUUUAGAACCGCCAUCGCCAUUCGCCACAGCCGCCUGCAUCUUGAUUCAUCAUUCAUCUGCAGCUCACUUCUUCACGAUUUUUUUUCCUCAGCUUUCAUUCGUUACUCUUGCUCUAAAUAAUUUCACAAGAUGCCACAAGACCUUCCAGGGUUCUAUUAUGAUGCCGAGAAGAACCGAUAUUUUCCUGUAAAAUCACCAAUUCCGGGUUCUUCUUCUAGAAACAGUUCUUCCGCUUCAACCAGCGCUCAAAAACCACCCCCGAAACCCAGCAACAAGACGAAAUAUGCAGCCAAAGUUGUUAAGAUGCUUCAUGUUAGGGAGUUAUGUGCUAAUUCAAUCAGCUGUAACAAAAAAAAGGUGAACUUUCAAGAGCAAUACCAAAAGAUACAGACAUCAAAACCUAUAAUUUGGAAAUAUCAAGGGACACAGAGGAUUGCUGAUGCUGCAUUGGAACACAUAUGCUUAGAUGUUCAGACUCCAAAUGGGCUUAUUAAAACAGAAAUAUUACUCACUGGUGGUCUUAAUGGCACCUUUUGUUGUUAUGAAGUUGGAUCUAUUGGAGAACAUGCUAUUAAUGGGUUACAAUGUAUGCCAAAUCUUGUUCAUCCUAUGAAUAUAGAAAAGGAAACAGCAUCAUUAAAGUCACCAGGACUUAUUUGGAGGCCAAUUGGAGCUUUAGUUCAAAUGCCUUCAAAUGUAUCUUGUAUAAACUUACCAAGAAACUACCAUUCUAUUGAUUCAUCACCUUCACAUGCUUUAAUAACUACACUUGGAUCCGAAUCAUCUGGUGGAUCGGUUUAUUCAAUGAACAUUAGUGAUCCAUUGGAGUAUGAUUUAGGAGUUGCAAUGUUGAGUAGAAGAAUUGAUGAGAUUUCAAGAUUCAAAUCCACAAUUUGGACAUCUGAUUCCAAUGGGAAUCAAGCAGUCAUUGGCACAAAUGUUGGAGUUGCAUUGGUGAACAUAGACUCUGGAAGAAAAUCAUGGAUAUGUCGUUCCAAAAGUGAUGUUUUGUCUUUGCAAUUUGAUUCUUCGGGAAAUAAUGUUUUAUGUGGAUUUAGAAAUGGAAGUAUUGUGAAUAUUGACAUUCGCCAAAAAUCUCAAGACUUUCAUGAUACAAAUACAAUACUUCCUAGACAUCAAAUUCCUCUUCCAUCAAGAGGUCAAAAACGUGAGAAACAAUGGUUUGAGCUCAGAGGGAAUAUUCAUCAAUCUAGAACAAUCUCUAUGCCUUCAUCAGUUUCAUGUUUGGCGGGACUUAAGACGUAUGAUGAUUAUUUCUUGGCCAGCUCCAUGGAUGGAACUAUUCGGCUUUAUGAUCAUCGUUUUAGAGGGGCUUUAGUACAGUUCUACGAAGGACAUGUGAAUUCACAUACUCGUAUACAAAUUGGCGUCGACCCAUCAGAGAGAUUUUUCAUGUCAGGGGGAGAGGAUUUAUGUUUGAGGGUAUGGAGUAUAAAGUCGGGGGAAAUGUUGUAUGAAGAUAAAUUCAUGAAGUCGGUGGCUACAUCUGUAUGUUGGCCUUUAACAAGAUGUGGAAACCGUUUUGGAGGGGGGGCAUGGUUGGGGUCUCAAGAAGGGAUGUUUUAUGUGAAUACCAUUUGAUCAUUUUCUCUUUUCAAUGAAUAUGUAUGUCAUUUUUAUUUAUAGUCAUUUUUUAGUCAGGAAAUAGGUUGGUUUUAGCUUACCAUUAUUUUUUUUUAAACUAUAUUUAUUAUGAUUAUAAUCAUAAUAAUGAUUCUAAAUUUUCAA